ACGAACCGGUUUAACAUGCUUAAUAUGGGAAUCAAGCAUGAAAUUGCACAACUUGGCAGCAAAAUAUUCAACAACUGCAUUAGAACUAACCGGCAAGCUUUUGUUUCUGAAUAAAUUAAUCUGUUCAGUCGUAAAAACAAUGGCAUCAUAUGGAGGAGGCGACACACCAAUUGUUAUUGAUGGAAGCGAGCUUGAAGGGGGAGGACAAAUUCUCAGAAAUGCUGUGGCCCUCUGUUGUCUGCAGCAGGAAAGUGUCAAGGUGGUGAAAAUACGUGCUGGGAGGAGUCAACCAGGGCUGAGGUCACAGCAUCUUACGGGUAUUCAGCUGAUAUGUGACAUAUGUGGUGGCAAACUCACAGGAGGGAAAGUAGGCUCAACAGAAAUAGUCUUUCAACCAAGCAAGGUCCGAGCCGGUAACUACCUCGCUGACACGCAUACAGCAGGGAGUAUAUGUCUGUUAAUGCAAGCAGCAUUGCCGUGUUUCUUCAUGGGUAACGGGCCUGGUACCAUGUCACUGAGAGGUGGUACUAACGCUGAUAUGGCCCCACCGGUAGACUACACAGUUAUGGUAUUCAAACCUAUUGCAGAAAAGUUUGGCGUAAAGUUUGACUGUGAAAUUGCAAGAAGGGGAUAUUACCCAAAGGGAGGUGGAGAGGUGUUUGUUACUGUGUACCCGGUCAAGCAGUUGUCCCCCGUGGUCAUGUUGGAGCCCGGAAAUGUCACACGUAUAUAUGGGAGAGCUUUUGUGGCAGGGGUACUGCCUAUCAGGAUCUGCCAUGAGAUGGUACAGAGCUGUGAGAGGGCAGUAAGACAGGACUACCGGGAUGUGCCAGUCAAGAUAGACGUAGUCAAGGAGCAGAACUGUGUGGGCAACGCUUGUGGUAUCAUCGUGUGUGCGGAAACUGACAAAGGCUGUAUAUUUGGUGCGUCCAUGUUGGGUAAAAAAGGUGUCCCAGCCCAUGUGGUGGGAAAGGAGGUGGGGGAAAUGUUGCUUAACCAGCUCUGUCACGGUGGGUGUGUUGACGACUACCUUCAGGAUCAGCUGAUCAUACUAAUGGCCCUGGCCAGUGGGAAGUCUUCCAUACGCUGUGGUCCAGUCACCCUGCACACUGAGACUGCUAUACAUGUGGCUACUCAGCUCACACAGGCCAAGUUCACUGUCAACAAGAUCUCGGCUGGACAGACUGUGAUAGAAUGCGAGGGAAUCAGACUGCAGAAUAAGAACAAUAUAUAGAAAUCCAUCAAUAACCUUCAACUAAGUGAUGUUGCCGCAAUUAAAACGCAAAUUUGUAUUUUCUGACGUUUAACAUUGCAGGCAUAAUGUUUCUUGUUUAAGCCCCCCUUUGUAGAAAGCUGCUUAUAACAGUUUCGCCCUUUGUCUUGGGUCUUUACCUCUGCGCAUAACUUUGUGUCUCAGCUAUAACUCUGCCAUUUAUUGAUGGUUUUUAAAAUUACUUUUUACACAUGUGAAUUAACAUAAGACAGCAUGUGGUUUGUAACACCCUUCUUAAAGGUCAAGGUCACACUUAGAGGUCAAAGGUAAACUUCAGCCAUGACACAGAAAAUUCCUGUCUCAGCCAUAACUUUGCAAUACUUUUAUGGAUUUUACCACAAAUAACCACCAUCAGGAGAUGACUUUUAUGUAACAAUUGUCUGCUUACCUCAAAGGUCAAGGUCUUACAUACCGUAUUUUACCAUGUAUAGCGCGCUACCAUGUAUAACGCGCAUGCGAUUUUUUAAAGCCAAAAUGGAGACAAAAAAGAAUUCAAGACCAAAAACCUGAAAAAUUGGCCGAAAAUGGCCGCCAUUCUUAUAUUGCGCAAUCAUUUAAUCUGAGUUUUUCGGGCGCUUAAUUUUUUGUUUUAAAAUAGGGAGCGUUUAUACGAUCAGGAGCAUGGGUUGCAAAGCACUAUAUUUUCGACAAUUUUUAAGAUUAUUCUCUCGAAAACACCGUUAUGUCCUUAUUGCCGCUGCGCAUGUUUUUUCAAGACCCCUGCGCGUUAAAUUCGAACCACUAUUACGUAUUCCUCACAUUUGAACAGUGUAACAUUUUCAUUACCUGCCGCUCACAACAUCGUAUGACAUCUUCUUCUGCAGACCCGCAACAUCUCAAUGUCCAAUUUUACGCAAAUCGUCCGUGGAUCCCAUUUUAUUUUUCAUCGACUUAAAUAUUUCCCCAUUAAGAGAUGCUCCCCAAUAAAUCCAGUUUGACCCGGUAUUUCGCGCCUUCACUGCGUCUACCGGUAUGAGUCAGAGGUUAAAAUUUGCGGUGAAGUUGCUUCAAAAUUAUUAUCUCUUCCAAACUGUUGCCUUAUAUUGAUCGAAUUUAUAACAAAUUGGCACAAAUGUAAACCUUAGUAACUGGAUCUGUUGCAUGUAACAUUGGUCUUCCUACCUCAGAGGUCAAGGUCACACUUAGAGGUCAAAAGUCCAAUUGAACCAUAAAACAGCAUGGUUUUGACAUUGUGGUGUCUUGAGACAAAAGUGUAAUGUGGCGGAAUCCAUGCUCUAUGCACACACAUUUUGUUUUUACUAGUAUUAGAAGGCAUUUUAAAUUAUUUAUUUUAAAAUAAAUAUGUAUUUCAUAUGUUACUGGUACAUUUGUUUCCUUAUUGACUUUUUGUUUAUAGAAUGCAUCAAUAAUGUAUGUUAACUUUUGCUAAAGGUUGUCUGUAUACUCGCCAGAUAUCUAAUAUAAAUAAUAAUUAACCCACUGACUGAAUUGGUUGAUGGUGUAUAAAGUGCAAUUAAAUGGAGUUGUUAAGUGUUUGUUUGGAUUCUUGGAAAUGUUACCAUUGUCACUUGUUGUGUGUUGUUUCCGAUUGAGCUAUUUAAGACAAAGUGCAAUACAGCAAUGCAAUGUAUGCUUUUUACAAUUGUUAUGUUGUAUUUUGAGACAAAUAAACAGACAAUAGUAAAUUGA